AUGGCGACCACCGAGGACUCCGCCGCCGCGGGCGAGGUCCGGCGCCUGCUCGCCCACCUCGACUCCCAGCAGCAGAUCCUCGCUGACCGCCACGGCGCCUGGUCGCGCGCCCUCGCACACUUCGCCUCGCUCGAGGAGGACCUCGCCUCCCGCUCCGCCGCACUCGAGGAAGCCCUAGCCGCCGCCGACGCUUCCACCUCCGAGUCCCUCGCGGCGCUCGAGGCUCGCGAGUCCGCCGUCGCUGAGGCCGAGACUGAAUCCACGGGGCCACCGCCCACCGACAUCAAGGGCGCGCUCCGGUGGAUAUGCCGCCGCAUGGACGCUGCUGCGCUCUGGUGCUUCAUGGCCGCACACCGCCGGGAGCUCGCCGUGGUCCGGAAGGAGGCCGGCCCCGCUGUCGCCAUGGCCGUCGACCCGCCCCGCCUUGUCCUCGACGUGGUAAGCGAUUUCUUAGCCGCUGGCAGUGGUGUCGGCGAGGACCAAUGCUGGGUGCUCGGCAUGAGCGACAGAGAAGAGAAAGAAGGAAAAGAGGAGGAGGAGGAGGAGGAGGAGGAGGUGGUGGUGGAAGAAGAAGAAGAAGAAGAAGAAGAAGAAGAAGAAGAAGAAGAAGAAGAAGAAGAAGAAGAAGAAGAGGAGGAGGAGGAGGAGGAGGAGGAGGAGGAGGAAGAAGAGGAGGACCCUGAGAAGACAGCCCUUGUGUCAGGGGACGAGGAGGACCCAGAGGAAGUAGAGGAGCCUGAGGCAUUAGAGAAGGAAGGGAAUGAGGUGAAGGGAGAAGGGGCAGAGGGAAAGGUGUCUGAGGAGGGAGAAGGGGCAGAGGGAAGGGUGUCUGAGGAGAGAGAAGGGUCAGAGAAAAUAGGACCUGAGGAUGAGAAGAAGGGAGCAGCAGUGGGCGCCAUGGAGGGGAAUAAAGGAGAGGAAGGUAAUAAGGGUGCACCAGAACAACCAGAGGCACAGAUAUUUGUGCAGAUGGUAGCGGCAUUUGGAUUGAAGGACAAGUUCGAGGAGGAGUUCUUGAGAAGGCUAUUUGUUGCUAAUGGACGGAAGAGGGAGCUUGCUAGUUUUUUUAUUCAACAGUAUGUUCUUCCUGAGUCUGUUAACCAGACUAAGGAAGAGGCAAACAACCUGGAGGGCAAUGCGUCCAGGUCCAUCAUAAGGUGUGUCGAGUCCUGCCAGCUACAAUCAGUGUUUCCUAUAGAGGUCAUGAAGAAGAAGUUAGCGAAGUUGGAGAAAGAGAAGUCUGAGAAGAAGAAAGCAGCUGGCCCGAGCAGAUUCCAGAACAAGCGAUCCCGAGGCGCAGCUGGACCCUAUCCCUUCCCUGCUGCCAAGGCUGCUAGGGGCUCAAAUCAAACUUUGGUCCGCGUUUCCAGAACCCAAUCUCACGAUCCUUAA